UCAGGUGUCGGCAGGGCAACAUAUGCAAUUAACUAGUGACUUGAAGCCCGGCGUGUCGGUGGCAGCUCAACAGGGCAUGUACUUCAACCAAACCCAAAAUCAAACAUCCGCGGGACAACAAGACACAUACUGCUCGGUAUCCCAGUCCCAGACAAUCAAUUUCACUCAGCAAAGCCUGAGGCAAAGAGCUGCUGCUGGUGGUGUUCCGGGACAACCUGGACCCGGUGCUCCAGCACCUAGAAAUCAUUCACAACAAGUACCCAAUAACCAAGUUGAUCCCCAUCAACAUGCUAAGCUUGUUCAGCAGCAACAACAGCAGCAGAUGAUGCGUGCUCAACAGGCAAUGCAACAUCAGCAGCAUUUGGCAGGUGGAAUGGGCGGCGUACGACCACCACCGCCUGAGUACAAAGCAGCACAAGCGCAAAUGAUGCAUGCUGGUAUUGGCAUGGGUCAACAAGCAAGGUUUCCUAAUCAAGGUUCAAUAAGAAGAGUUUCGCAGCAACCUAUGCCUCCUUCGGGUAAAUUUAUUUAUUAA